UCUGGGCUUGUGUCUUGCAGCAGCGGAGUGUGGAAGAUUGUCUCCAAGUACGAGCAUGCCCCUCAGGAGGCCUUCACCGCGGAGUUUGAAGUCAAGGAAUAUGUGCUGCCUAGUUUCGAAGUGACGCUGGAGCCUUCCCAGAAGUUCUUCCUCGUUGAUCAGAAUGAGCUUAGUAUCGACAUUACAGCCAAGUUCCUGUAUGGGAAGCCAGUUCAAGGCCAAGCCUAUGCGCUCUUUGGAGUGAUGGUGGAUAAUGAGAAAAGGAGCAUCGUGAACUCACUCAACAAAGUCCCG